UUGAAGGUGUGUCCCAGAUAUAAUCAUUAUCAAGAUCAGUCUUUAGACCAUUCUAAGAUCAUUCUCUUUAAACCGAACAAGUUUUGCCUCAAAAUUCGAUCGAGACUCAUGGAACUCAUGACCAAACCCAUAGUUAUUGAAGUCGUCAAACGAGUGGUAAUGAACAAUUUCAGAAACCAACAAUACGGCGCAACGAACAACAAUGUGGAUGAAUUUCACUGUCACUAUGACAAGAUCAAUGCGCCAUCAUCAAAUAAACGUUCCAAACGCGUUCUGUGGCUAUCGCUGGCGGUUUGUCUUGGCUUCAUGAUCUGUGAAAUCGUCGGCGGUCUCCUAGCACAGUCAUUGGCUAUAAUCACAGAUGCAGCACACCUGCUGACUGAUUUUGCGAGCAUGUUGAUCUCUUUAUUCGCUCUUUACAUAGCUGAACGGCCGGCGUCUCAACGGAUGAGUUUUGGAUGGUAUCGUGCCGAGGUGAUGGGAGCAUUCCUGUCAGUGUUCAUGAUUUGGAUAAUAACAGGCAUUCUCGUUUACUUGGCCAUAUAUCGCAUCAUUCAAGGCAACUACGAUAUCGAUGCGCCGAUCAUGGCAAUCACUGCCGGCCUCGGAGUUGUCGUGAACAUUGUAAUGGGUAUUCUGCUAUAUUUCGGUGGUCAUACACAUUCACAUGGUGGUGCCCAUCAUGCUCAUUUGAAUGGGAAUGCACAACAUGAGCACUCAUCUGAACCCAGAAAACACACGAAUAUCAAUGUUCGCGCUGCAAUGAUACACGUUCUUGGCGACCUCAUUCAAAGCGUGGGUGUGCUCAUUGCAGCACUUCUCAUAUUUUACAAUGGAAACUGGUCAAUAAUCGAUCCGAUUUGCACGUUGCUCUUUUCGGUUAUUGUUGUUUGUACGACAUUCUUCAUCGUUCGAGAUGCUCUCGUUGUUCUUCUUGAAGGUUUGUUCCUUUAUGUUCCAUUCGACAGCUUUUAG